AAGACCUUCACACAACAAACCCCCCCCAAUCACUCUCACAAUGGCGACUCUUCUGCCUCCUCCUACCAAGCGUCAGAAGACGGAGAUUGCCGAAAAGGCCCGUCUUCAGCAAGAGAUCGAGAGCAUCCCGGAGAACCUGGGCAGUGUCCGAGUGCAGUUUUUCGACCAAGCGACAGGAGCGCCAACCGGGCCAGCAGUGUCCGUCCCCGUGGCCGAUGCCAACAUAAAGAACUUGGAGACGCUUCUCAACACCUUACAAGGCAAUGAAGAUGAUGAGCGGGUGCCAUACCGGUUUACCUACCAGUCGGACGAUAAGGACAAUCAGACGAUCGACAUCCUAGCACAUCUGUACCACUCCCUGCUCAAGCCCGGCCUCAAGACGACCGAAGAUACCGUUCACCUCUACUACACGCCGCAGGCGGUUUUCCGAGUCAAGGCGGUCUCGCGAUGCUCUGCUUCCAUCGCCGGACACGGUGAAGCGAUUCUGGCCACAUCCUUCUCCCCCGUCAACUCGUCCACCAUGGUCACCGGCAGCGGUGACUCGACGGCCCGCAUCUGGGACUGCGACACCGGAACCCCCCUGCAUACCUUGAAGGGUCACACGAGCUGGGUGCUGGCGGUCAGCUACUCCCCCAACGGCGCGAUGAUCGCGACCGGAAGCAUGGACAACACAGUGCGGGUGUGGGACGCGAAGAAGGGCACAGCGCUCGGGGCCCCGUUGAAGGGCCAUGCGAAGUGGAUCACCAGCCUGGCGUGGGAGCCCUACCACCUACAGCAGCCGGGGCGGCCGCGCCUGGCGUCCGCCUCCAAGGACUCGACGGUCCGCGUCUGGGACGUCGUCAGCAAGCGCAUCGACAUGGUCCUCACCGGCCACAAGGGCUCGGUCACCUGCGUCAAGUGGGGCGGCACGGGCAAGAUCUACACGGCCUCCCACGACAAGACGGUCAAGGUGUGGAACGCGGAGAACGGCACCCUGAUCCAGACCCUGUCCGCCCACGCUCACCGCGUGAACCACCUGGCGCUGUCCACGGACUUCGUUCUCCGGACCGCCUACCACGACCACACGGGCCAGGUCCCGCAAGCCGACACCGAGAAGGUCGCCGCCGCGAAGCAGCGGUACCAGCACGCCGCCACCAUCAACAACAAGAUCGUCGAGAAGCUCGUCUCGGCCAGCGACGACUUCACCAUGUAUCUCUGGGAGCCGGAGAACUCCAGCAAGCCCGUUGCGCGCCUGCUCGGCCACCAGAAGGAGGUUAACCACGUCACAUUCUCGCCGGAUAUGGCAUACAUCGCCUCGGCGGGCUUCGACAACCACGUCAAGCUCUGGAAUGCCCGGGACGGAAAGUUCAUCACGACCCUCCGCGGCCACGUCGGAGCCGUCUACCAAUGCUGCUUCUCCGCCGACUCCCGCAUGCUCGUCUCCUCGUCGAAAGACACCACCCUGAAGGUGUGGAACGUCCGCACGGGUAAGCUCUCUGAGGAUCUGCCGGGACACAAGGAUGAAGUGUUCGCGGUGGAUUGGAGUCCCGACGGACAGAAGGUGGGCAGUGGUGGCAAGGACAAGGCCGUACGGAUAUGGCGCAACUAAUGUCGCGGGAGAAAAAAAAAGCUCUUUGUUUUCUUGUCGGUUUGUCGUGAUGAACAACGUAUAUAGAACCAGAUACCCUGUUUUUAC